UUUCUAUGCUGUUUAUCCUCAUAACGGUCGUGGGAGUAUGCUGGAGCCUAUCCCAGCUGACUUCGGACGAGAGGCGGGGUACAACUUGCUGUGCAGAUUUGUAACGUUUUGUGAGUACGCAUAUAUUACUUGUUUCUGGAAACCGAUAAUGACGUGAGGAACCACCAUUAUUUUUAACACUGCACAACCUGACGGCAUUGACAAUUCCAAAAAUGUCUGAAUGUAUGAUAUUUUGACUCCUUUUGAUUAUACUCGAUACAUUAGCAGACAUAAAGGAGAUAUUUGCUGCCAAAGUAUUUACAAGCUGGCAACAUGACUAGCAAGUAGUCAAAGAGUCAAUCUGAGACAAUCAUUUGAUGGAUUAAGUCAUUUUAAAUUUGUAUUUUUUGUUUUUUUACAUUCAGCUGCUCAAACAAAUACACACAAUAUAUAGCCACUGCUCUACCCUGGAAAUAUAAGUAAAAUAGGAGGGAUGUUCACAUACUCUUAAUCAAUGUUUUAUCAUUGAAAGUUUAUAUUGUAUAUCAUACAUCAUUUAUCAAUGUACAGUACAUUCCCUGCGUCUAAUUCAGUGGGGGGAGAAAAAUACCUGUAAAAUAUUGUUUAUAGUGUGAUGUUUAAAAUGCUUGUGAAAAAAGGGACACAAUUACAUAUAUCAAAUUUAUUGUCAACUCACGAAUGGCCCACGAGUUAAAUUUGUGCGCGCCUGCAUUGCCCCGAUUCACGUACCUCUUUACAACCAGGCGGGGGCGCUGUUCUGCCAAUAGCUUUUCACAACAGUGCUGUUAAGAUUAUUUGAAUGUAAAACUGCAUUAUAAGCUAUACUACAUAGACGAUCUGUGGUAGUGUUUUAUUGUGGCAGAUGGUUCCGAGCAACGUCAAAUCGGCUAUGUACAAUAACUGAUCAAAAAUGAUCAUGUUAACAACUAGUACUAGGAAAUGUGUUAUUCCCCGUCAGUCAAUACUGCAAUCUGAUGUUACUACAUUAGAAAUGAAAUCCUAAACCUAUACAAUAGGUGGGACAACACGUAUGGAAACAUGCACUAAAGUUGCUAAAGGCUUUUAUUGAGAAACUCCGGACAGCGGAAGUAAUUAAGUUGCUUUGGUUGCUGCUCACGCUUGUAUACUUUGAAGCUCACACGGCAGCUCCACACGGCUGAUUGGACCUAACACAUAAAACCGAGUUCGGCUGGAAUGAAGGGGGAGUUUACGGCGCCAGCGGUGUGUCCGCUAGGACUAUCACGCUGAUUCACAAUGGACGUUCCUCGGACGGACACAUGCUAAGCUAAUGCUAACCUCACCGACAGCCUGCCCGUGCCGUGCAGAUUGCCUGAAAAUCACAUUUAAACGUCCAGAACACAAGGAUUCCAAUAAAGAACUGCUGGUUGACGGACUCAUCCUCUGGAAAGAAUGCAUGGAUGUUGCAUUGAAGCUAAACUAGCCUGCACGUUGUGGAUGACUGUUAGUUGCAGCUCCUCGACAAGAUUUAGGUUCUUAGCAUGUGAACAGGUGCUGUUCGUAUGUUGAGACUUGGUGAGUUGAUGAAGUGGAGCUUCUCUCACAUGAUGGACCGUUAAAAGUGUAAACGGAAGCUGGGGAAAAAAGACAUUGUGGCAUUGCCAUGGAAACUUUGUGUGACUGCGCAUGCUCGUAAUGGAGAAUGGACAGGUCAACACAAGGCUGGGCCUGCCUCCGCUCAAACCCAACCAGCAGGAGGCGCUGCAGAAGGCAAAGAAGUAUGCAAUGGAGCAGAGCAUCAAGAAUGCUCUUGUCAAACAGACACUGGCUCAGCAGCAGCAACUCACCAGCCUGCAGAUGGUGUCGUCCAUGGGUUUAGGAGAACUUUCUCCUCUGCAGUCAGUGGCGGCACAGCGUCAGCGGGCCCUCGCCAUCAUGUGUCGCGUGUAUGUUGGUUCCAUUUACUAUGAGCUGGGAGAGGACACCAUCAGGCAGGCCUUCAUUCCCUUUGGACCCAUCAGAAGCAUUGACAUGUCCUGGGACUCUGUCACCAUGAAACAUAAGGGUUUCGCCUUUGUGGAGUACGAGAUGCCAGAGGCAGCUCAUCUGGCGCUGCAGCAAAUGAAUUCUGUGGUCCUUGGAGGACGCAGUAUUAAGGUGGGCCGGCCUAGUAACAUCGGCCAGGCUCAGCCAAUCAUCGACCAGCUGGCGGAGGAAGCGCGGGCUUUCAACAGGAUUUAUGUGGCAUCCGUGCACCCCAAUCUCUCUGAGGCUGACAUCAGGAGUGUGUUUGAGGCCUUCGGGAAGAUCACGUCAUGCUUGUUGGCUCGUGAGCCGACCACAGGACGCCAUAAGAGUUACGGCUUCAUUGAGUACGAGAAACCGCAGUCUGCUCUGGACGCCGUGGCAUCCAUGAAUCUGUUUGACCUUGGCGGUCAGUUCCUGCGUGUGGGGAAGGCUGUCACCCCACCCUUGCCACUGCUCACGCACACCCCACCUGGAGGCCUCCCCAGUGCUGCCACUGCCAAAAUCACUGCACAGGAUCCAUUGGGAGUGUCAGUAUUCGGAGCUCUGGCUGGUAUCCCUCAGGCUGUCAUGGCAGCUCAGGCUCCUGGUGUCAUCACAGGCGUGACUCCAGUACGACCUGGAUUGUCUCACGUGGGUCUGGUGAAUCCAGUCUUGGCCGUGCCACAACUGUUUAAGAAAGAAGGUCCAGAGGUGCAGCAAGAUGGCACCACAGAAGCCAUCGGCCAGCAGGAGCACAGCACCAGGGACGUAGUGAUGAGGAAGAUAGUCCACAAGCAGGAGUCCCGUGUCAUGGUUCUGAGGAACAUGGUCGGGCCGGACGAUAUGGACGAUGACCUAGAGGGUGAGGUCACUGAGGAAUGCGGGAAGUUCGGUCAGGUGAAACGGGUCAUCAUCUAUCAGGAGCGUCAGGGUGAGGAGGACGAUGCUGAUGUCAUCAUCAAGAUCUUCGUGGAAUUCUGUGACACAGAUGAGAUGAAGCAAGCCAUUCAGGCUCUGGACCGGCGCUGGUUUGGUGGUCGCAGAGUGGCAGCCGAGGUGUAUGACCAGGAACGCUAUGAGAACAAUGACCUGACUGCGUAGAACAGGAACGAACUGCUACUACGAAUGGACAUUCGGCAUUACAAGAGUCGGCAAUCUUUGUUUUCACCCAUUAAAACACGACUUGCAGAAGUAGAGGUUUGAUCCGUGUAAGGCGCCUCCAUUGAGAGUUGCCAGCUUGAGAAAAAUAAAAAAUAAAAAUGA